AUGUCCUCCGCAGCAAAGAAGCCCGCCGGCAAGACCACCCGCAGCGCCAUCGCUGACGUCGUCGCGCGCGAAUACACCAUCCACCUCCACAAGCGAGUUCAUGGUGUGAGCUUCAAGAAGCGUGCCCCCAGGGCCAUCAAGGAGAUCCGCGCUUUCGCCGAGAAGGCCAUGGGUACCUCCGACGUCCGUCUCGACCCCCAGCUCAACAAGAAGGUCUGGGAGGCCGGUAUCAAGGGUGUCCCAUACCGCAUCCGCGUCCGCAUCUCCCGUAAGCGUAACGACGAGGAGGGUGCCAAGGAGAAGCUCUACUCCUACGUCCAGGCCGUCAACGUCAAGGACCCCAAGGGUCUCCAGACCACCGUCGUCGAGGACCAAUAGAUCAUCACCACCAUGGCCUAUGGAUUAGGAUGAUGAAAGGAACAAAAAAAGACGGACGAGAACAAAAAGAAUCAAGGAACGAAAAGAAGAGAAAAAUGGAUGAAAUUUCCUUUUUUUCUUUUUUUUUCUUAACGCAAGCAUGCUAUGGGCGUUCUUCUGGCGGGUUGCUGAGUAGCUAAAUACCACAUUUAAAUCUCAUAUCGAGUUGGCGAAAGGCUGGUCAAAUACGAAUUCAAUCACGGUUCAUGUCCCCGUCA